GGGGCUGAGCCGGCGGAUGGACCGCGGCCCCUCCGGUACCGGCACCGGCUCCGAGCCUCGCCCGGCCCCGCCGAGCCGCCACCUGCCCGCGCCGCACGACAGGGGCAGCCAUGGGCAAGCACAGCAGCAAGCUGGCCCCAGAGGUGCUGGAUGACCUGGUGAGGAGCACGGAGUUCAGCGAGCAGGAGCUGAAGCAGUGGUACAAGGGCUUCCUCAAGGACUGUCCCACCGGCAUCCUCAACCUGGAGGAGUUCCAGCAGCUCUACAUCAAGUUUUUCCCCUACGGAGACGCCUCCAAGUUUGCCCAGCACGCUUUCCGCACCUUCGACAAGAACGGGGACGGGACCAUCGACUUCAGGGAGUUCAUCUGUGCCCUGUCUGUCACCUCCAGGGGCACCUUUGAGCAGAAACUCAACUGGGCCUUUGAGAUGUAUGACCUGGAUGGGGACGGGAAGAUCACACGCUUAGAGAUGCUGGAGAUCAUUGAGGCCAUUUACAGGAUGGUGGGGACUGUGAUCAUGAUGAGGAUGAACCAAGAUGGGCUGACACCCCAGCAGCGUGUGGACAAGAUCUUCACGAAGAUGGACAAGGACAAGGACGACCAGAUCUCCCUGGAGGAGUUCAAGGAGGCCGCCAAGAGUGACCCCUCCAUCGUCCUCCUCCUGCAGUGUGACAUGCAGAAAUAGAGCCCUGGGGCUCAGUACUGGACUGGCUGCAGCCAAACUCUGCUCCCUGUGGUGGUUUCAGUGUCCACGUUUUGCUGAGCCCCUCUGUGCCCGCUUGGCCCCAGGCAUGAGCCACGCCCCAUCCCUCCUGCUGCCCAUCCACCUCUGCUCCAGCUGUGUCCUGGACAGCCCACAUUCCACACCCUCGAAGGGUAGAGCCUGCUCUGGGUGUUGUCAGCUUGAGGUUACCCCAAAUCAACCUUAUCCCAUCCUGGAGCUGGACUCCCUGCAGCCAGGGACAAGUUUCCUGGCUCCCCAGGGCUGACUGUUCCCACAUCCCUGU